AAAUAGGGCUCGUCGCCGGCCUGCGGUCGCACUCCGCCCCGUGUGUCCGCCUGCCGUCCGCGUCUGCCGCGCCGUCGCCAGCCAGAAUGAGACCGGACAGGAGCGACACGGUGCUGCUCGGAGCUGUAUUGUUGUGCUGCUGCGCCCUCACCAUCGCCAAGACCAUCCAGAAACGGGAAAUUAGUCCAGACAUGUUGUUUCAAGCAAAAGACAAGCGGCCAUUCUGCAACGCUUUCACGGGCUGCGGCCGUAAGAGGUCGGACCUAUCGCUGCUGGAGGAGGCCGCCGGCGGACCUCCCCAGCCGCCGGCCGGCGCCGACUCGCGACUCUGGGAGGACCUGCUGGCCACCCUGCUGAGGGCUCGUCAGGACCAGGCGGCGCCCCAGUACUACCGGGGUCGGAGGAGCGUGCCGGAACAGGCGGCCGUAGCACCGGUACAGCAGGUCAGUGAGCCGCGGGUGGCGGCGACGGCUCGCUGAGGACCGCGACCUGACCUGACCCUGCCGCGGGCCAGGCCCUGGGCGCUGGGGUUGAGCGCUGACCACGGAGGCUGAGCGCUGACCGCGGGACUGGCCCGCACUGACCCCGUGCCCACGGCGUCUCGGUGCAGCGACAGCCCCCAGUGACGCGCACACGGCUCUCAAAUCAUCAGCCAGUCCGACCGACUGGUUCAAUGGAGGCGCGCAUCGAGUGUUAUGUGACGCCUGCAUCCAAUGGGAGCGGCUAAUACAGUUCCAGUUGCAUUGGGCGAGAACGUCGCCACAUUUUGUCUCUUCCGGUCGUAUAAGCGUACUGGGCGAAUCCCCUCGCCGAUGUCCACCACAUGAGUGUUUUAUGUAAUAUAUGGAAAUAAAUUUUUAAAUGUCAACAACCGUCAACCAAUAACCAUGAAAUAAUCGAACGGAAACAAUGUUGCAUGUUCAUACAAGUAGAUACUUGCUUAGGGCUUACUUAAUCUUAUUCGUGACUUUGACAAAACCUUGACGUGAUUAGAAAUACUUAUACAAAUAGGAGACAAACGAUUCACCCAUAAGACCGGCUACUACCCGGCAUUAAGGACUUACAGGACGUUGCAGGUAAGCCCGACACUUGAGAGGCAAAAUACGAAAUCGGCAAUGAAAGCAUGAAUAUUGCACACACAGGCCUGGCAUUUUAUUCAGCACCAGUUCGAGUCAUAUGCUGCACUUCUACUCGAUGUAACCGCCGUCGGCGGCGACGACCAUCUCAAGCCGAGGGCGAAAUGAUUCGCACGCCUUGGCGACCGUGUCCUUGUCUACGGCGGCGAACUCUGCCACGAUGGCGGCCUUGAGAGAGUCGACGGUAUUGUGUGCGUGCUUUUUGGUCUUGGCCUCGAUCACGACCCAGAAGAAAUACUCGAGGGGGUUGCAGUCAGGUGAGGAGGGCGGCCACAAGUCCGGCGACCAGUGGUGAGGGACGUUGUUGAGCAGCCACGACUGCGUCGUCCUGGCCUUGUGCGCCGGGGCGGAGUCUUGCUGGAAGACGUAGGGGCGUCCGUUGGCACGCCCCUACGGUGUUUUGGGGGAGGCAAUUGAUCAUAGAGAUGUAACAUACUGCCCAAACUUUUCAUCGUGAGCAUAGCACUCGAAUAAACACGUUUUUUCCAAGUGUCGGAUUUACCUGCAACGCCCUGUACUUACUAUAAAACGUCAAUACCUGCCUAACAUGUCAGUGGAAAUGAGGAUCUAAAAAGCCGAGGAAAUAAAACGGUGGCUAAUCACGCCACUCUCGAAUUCGA